AUGGGAGAGACGAUCACCGUUUCGGGUAUUACGGUUCACCCUAGCGAACUCGAACGGAUUGUCAAAUCAAUAGACGGAGUAUCGGAUUGUGUAGUCGUUGGAAUUGAGCACGAGAUUAAAGGGGAGGUUCCUCACGCCCUAAUCGUAAAAGGGAAGCAAGGGAUCAACGAUUGCAAGAUUAUGGCCCUCACAAAUGGCCAGCUUCCGCGACACAAACAGCUCGGCGGUGUGACUUUCAUCCGGAGCGACGCCACAAAUUACGACAACGUUUGGACGUAUGCCGAGCUGAAAACACGAUUAUUGAAGACGGCCACUUUUCUCCGGAAUGCUGGGUUUAUGAAGGGAGAUGUCUGCGCGAUCGCGAUGCCAAACUGCUUCGAGUUCCUCAGCACCGCGUUGGGCGCUUGGUGUGCGGGGAUGGUUGUCACCGGGAUCAGCCCGGAUUAUACACAUUACGAAAUGACCGAACAACUUGACGAUUCUGGCGCCUCGAUUGUAUUUGCGACAGAUCGAAUUCUCAAAACAGUGCUAAAGGCUUCAGAACAAUUGCCAAGAAUAAGGAAAAUUGUCUCCGAAGGUGGCAUCAAUCAAUUGAAGAAUCCGAAAAUUUCCACUUUUCGUGAAAUCUGGGAUUUGAGCCCAAACUUUGAUCCAUAUGGAAUAAAGUAUAACCUUCGCGAGGAUCUUGUGACGAUACCUUACAGCUCUGGAACGACGGGGAAGCCGAAGGGCGUAAUGUGCACGCAGCUAAAUCUGUCCUGCGUGCUGGAAAAUAUAUCACAAUCAGUGAAAAAAGCCAGUGAAACUUAUGGAAAAGGGUCUCAGGGCGACUUUUUCCUCGGAAAAGCCUAUAUCGCGCUUUUGCCGUUGUACCACGUGAUGGGACUGCAUGCCUCCACCAGCCUACUAUGUUUCGGGCAACACAUCGUUGUGAUGCCAAAAUUCAAUCUUAAAAUCUACCUAAAAGCUAUAGAAAAAUUUCGGGUAGAACGUCUCCUAAUCGUGCCUACGAUUUUGCAACGAUUGGACGAAUUCCCGACGCUGAAAUCCUAUGAUUUGAGCUCGGUCAACACGAUAAUGGUCAGCGGUGGAGCCUCCUUACAGAAAACCAAGGAAAACGUCAAAAGGAAGCUGAAUGUUCAGAUCUUGCAAAGUUAUGGCAUGAGCGAGGUGGCGUUGGGCGCUACGAAAUCCCUGCCAGGCGAUCCGCUCGGAGCUUCCGGGAAGUUACAGGCCAACAUGGAAUUGAAGGUCAUCGAUUCAACAACCGGAGAAAUCUGCGGGCCAAUGGUAGAAGGCGAAUUGAGGUUGCGGGGACCAACGAUAAUGAGAGGGUAUCUGAACCGGCCGGAAGAGAGCGCCAGCUGUUUUGACGAGGAUGGGUUUUUCAAAACAGGAGAUCGCGGCUACUUUGACCACAAGGGUUAUAUUUAUUUUGGCGACCGGCAAAAGGAUUUGAUCAAGGUGAACGGGCGCCAGGUAUCGCCGGCGGAAUUGGAGGAGGUGAUAUUAGAAAUUCCCGGAAUCCGCGAAUGCAUUAUUAUUGGGAUUCCUGACGAGAAAACAGGCGAGUUGCCAUACGCUUAUGUGGUAUUAGAAAACGGUUCCAAUGUGACAGCUGAUCAGAUAGCGGCUUCGCUCCAUGAGCGCGUCGCUCAGUACAAACGACUUGCCGGAGUCACGUUUCUCGCGGAAAUCCCGAAAAACGCGAUGGGAAAGAGCCUGCGGCGACUUCUGCCACUAUAUCUCAUUGCCGCCAAAUCGUCGAAUCUCGGCGGGAAAUAUUCGUAUUUUCUCUUCAGUUUUUGCGUUUGUAGUCUCAUUCUUUGUAUGGUCGACUUUUUGAUAGUGCCGACCACGAUCUCCGCUGAUAAAACUUAUAUAAUCCUUGCUCAACGAACAUUUUUCGGCCAUGAUACUAGCACCUACAUUUUAUUACUGCUCUACCUCUUUGUGUUCUCACAAACUAUCGUUUCGUUGAUGCUGCAAUUUUUGUACCGGUACUCUGUCGUUUGCAGGAAUUCACUACUCGCCAACAAUUCUGGGCGCACAAAUUUUAUACUCUGCAUUUUUGCUUCGAUCUCGAUCUGCACGAUCUGGACGCUCGAUAAUCAUAUUUUCACGGGUCCCCAAGCCGUCGAUGAACAUGUGUGGCCCAUUUUGGAACGAGUAUUUUAUCAGCAAUUUGAGAGGAACAUUAGUGGCGUGACGUUUGUAUCGCAGACAUUUGAGGCCCCAGAAGAAGACCACGUCUACUUGGCUUACGUCUCGACGUUAACCGGCUUAAGCUUGCUGGUUAUAACCUGGACUGUCAUUAUGGUGUCUGGCUUGCUGAUUUAUCAAGAAUUGAUGCAAAAUCAAGUUGCGAGUCAGCUUACGAAACAUCUUCAAAGAGAGCUAUUUCAUGCGCUGGUGAUACAGGACCUCGAAGCGACUGCCCCAGGCCACGUUGAGCACGCCUAUAUUUCGACCUUAAUCGGGCUGGCUAUGCUCGGCAUAAUUUGGGCAGUGGUUAUGGGUGCCUGUUUUGGGACCUAUCGUAGUCUUCAGAAUGGAGAGGGUGUUAGCAAGAAGACGAAGCAGCUGCAGAGAGGAUUAUUUUAUGCUUUAGUUAUACAGAUGCUCAUUCCACUCUUCUGCAAUUUCCUCCCACUCGCUAUUUUAUUAGCAGCAGCCAUGUUCGAGCUUCCGAGCUGGUUAUCAAUCAUUUGUCUACUUAUCCCGUUCGAUCCAAUCCUGGAGCCCAUAGCGGUUAUCUACUUCAUUAAAUGCUACAGGAAAGUCAUUAUCUCCUGGGUCAGCUUCGGAAAACCCAAGAACGUCCUCCAGAUCCAGCACUAUUCAACCGAAUCGGGAAGGCAACGCGAUUCGGAUCGGCAAACGGCC